AAAUCGCAAAAGGGAGAUAAGUAUCACUACUCUUCACUUUUUUGCAUCACUUGCGAUUUCAAAACAUCUCUCUAGUUUAUCUCUCUACUUCAUCACCAAAAACGCUCUCAAAUCUUCCUUUGCUUCAAGUGUUGUUCUUUAAAACAGAGCGUUAAAAUCGCUAGAUCGCAACUCAAGUAGCCUAGACCACCAAGGCACUCGAUCACAUCUCUGACAGAAACCACUCGACCACGCUUUUGGAACCGUCUCUCACCUCGUAAACCACUCGAUCGCAACACUGUUACAACUGAAAGUCACUUCUCCCAUUCCCUUUGUUUGUUUCUCACUAACCUACUAAGCUUUAGUUGUGAGUUUCAAAUCAAUUGCAGCUUCAAGAUUAGUGCGCACAGCUACUAAUCAUCCAUGGAUGCUGACUUCAAUGUUGAAGAAGCUGAAUCUUGGUCAACUAGACCAGAAAGGGAAGCAGAAGAGUAUCAGCGAUUCGUGGAGGAAACAGAACGAGCAGUUGCUGAGGACCGAAGAAGAAGAGAAAUUACAAGAGGAAAGCGGUCAAUGACGGAGCGGUAUGAACUCAUCGAUGAAGACAUGAAGGAUGACGCAGAGUACCCCCAUCCGGAGACCAUGGCGGAUCUUGGAAUUCUGGAGGACGUUGAGCUGCUGUUCGAGAAGUGUCACAUGGCAACACUAAUGUCUCACCCUUACCCUGCUUAUGAGGAAGAGACCAUUCAAUUCCUUUCGACUGUUCAAGUAGAGUUGUUUGAAGGGCUGUCAGCUGCAGAAUUGAGAAAAGAAAGACUGGGAUACUUGAGCUUCACCAUUGACGGCCGCGACUACGUCAUGACCAUCAAAAUGUUGGAAGACAUGUUCGGGUUUCCUAGUAGCACGGGAACGAAACCAAAGUUCAUACGAGAUGAGAUUAAGGCGUUGUGGAACACAAUCGGAGAUGACACCACUUUCAGUUCCGCCAGGUCUAAGAGUAAUUCUAUCCGCAACCCGGCUAUCCGCUACUUCCAACGUGCCCUGGCCAAUGUCCUUUAUGCUAGAAGUGUAUCCGCUACCUUAACCAACCCAGACAUGGAGACGCUGGACUUGGCGUUGAAGAGUUUACUCUGUUACACCAAGAACGGCGAGACGAUGAGAGGCGAUUCAAGCGACACACCUCCGUCCAUGUAUCUUCUCAACCACCUAUGCAGCUACAGAGGGUGGGCUUUAUCCAAUAGCAAGAAGAGAGUAAAAGGAGCUCUUUGCGUUGGAGGGGUGGUGACACCAAUUCUCCAAUUUUUUGAAGUCCCUUUGACAUCGGCUCCAACUGAACCAAGGUGGAUGGACAUUGCCCAUCUAAAGCUUGCCCAUGUGAUCGAGCACCAAAUGCAUGAUGAGAGAUACGCCUACAAGUUUGACCAUCCGGUGGUAGGAGAUGCACAAUUCCUCAUUCCAUUCCGCGAAUUGACGACCAUCACGGUGAGAGACAACAUUGACUUCUCGCCACCCAUCGAAACCCUCCAUGCUGUGAUUGGAGGCUCUUCAUCCAUAAACGUUGCUAAAGAAGUAGAAGAACAGAGCGACAAUGAAGAGAUUAGCUGGGAGAACUAUGACACAAGCAGAUUUCACUUCGAGGAACACAAGCCUCCUUCACGAGAAAGCAAGAGUCUCGCUGAAUCACACCGGAAGCUCAGUCUAGUUCAGAAAUGGUGCAAGUUUCAGGACAAGAUCAUCAAAAAGUGUAUCAAGGCCCUCAACUGCACAUCAUCGACUACUGCCAGAGAACGCGCCGCUCCGCAAGAACCCGCAAGGCACUCGUCUCACGAGAUCAGAGAACACAAGAGGAGGAAGAAUGCGAAGAUAGUUCGUUCAUCAAGCAAAGGGCGAGUAAUGUCAAGGAGGAGAUCGCAUGAUCGCCGUGCUCCACAACCUGCUGGGGUUACAAUUGAGCACGAUGAUGAGGAGAUGGCGGAAGCGCAGCUAGGACCUGUCAUGCCUACGGAUUACACUCAAGCGGAGAUGGAUGACUACAUCUCCAGGCAAUUUUCCUGAGGUAACACACCAAAACACAAUUGUAAAUACCGUUUUUGUUUUUGUUUCUUGUGUUUAUCUUGAAUUCUUUCACAAAUUUUUAUUACACAAGGGACUGUGUAAUUUAAGUUUGGGGGAGGGUUCAAGACGUAUUUGACUUGUUUUUUGUGAAUAUCAUUUGAGUCUGCAUAUCAUCUAUGACAGAAAAAAACAAAAAAAAUUUGAAAAUUUCUG